UCCACUCAGGAGGGACUGUCACAGCCUCCCACCCUCGCUCUCUCUCACAGGCUCCUCCCCGCCGUUCCCGGUAGACGCUGAGGACACCGCGGAGCCACAGACACUAUAAAGGUGUUUUUGAGAAUCUCUUCAUCCUACUUUCCCCUGCAUUUGGAUUUAUUUUCCUCUUCAGUUUUUAAAAACAAAACUAAAUCCUACACAGUGUGUCGCCUGUGUUUCCCCGAUGACUCUCUCUCAGAGGAAUUGAAGGAGUUUUACGCGCUUCCAGACCAAAUAAACGCACGGACGCUUGAGGACAACAUGACGCUUAAUGCGGAGUUUUGGGCUUUUUUGUGCUCCGUUGUGUUAAUGGUUUUCCACAGUGAAGCAGAUCAGAGCCUUCCUGCACCCAGUAAUUUGACACACAAGUGGGGGAAAGACCCGUUUGUUGUGAACGUGUCCUGGUCCUGGGACAAGCCAGACGGCCUGCCGGAUAGUUGUAAAAUCAAAUAUAAAAUCGAGUACUUCCGCAGGAAAACAGAAGAGGUGUACACAACUAAAAAGUCCCACUCAACGGAUUUUCUAACUGAAGAACUUGGUUCUGGUCAGUUGGAGUUCAGCGUUCAUGCACAGAUUGAAGAAACGAAGAACUGUGCUGGUUGGAAUAACAGCAAAGCUGAGAGCGCAUACAUCACAACACCGAAGCCACACGCUCAAGUGGUGAAAGACUUCAAAUGUUCCAUUGGGUCCAGUCCAACAAAUUGCUCCUGGGAGCCAGUGAGUCCAUCUCGUGACGUGGACAUCACCUACAGGUUACAGGUUGAACACAAUCAUCAGAUUCAUCGGUGUCAUCAGUUUUACAGCGAUGGGUUGAGGGACGGUUGUUCCUUGGAAACUGAUGCUCAGGACCAACUCUUCUAUGUGCUUGCUGAGAAUGAAGCUGGAUGGCAAACCUUCAAACCUAAACGUGUGGUGCCUCUGCCAAAGGUGAGCUUCAAAGAAGAUGAAGAUACACUUCACCUGGAAUGGACACGUCGAGACAAUUUGAAAACCUGUCAUUUUAUUUACAUGGUCUGCUACAGCGAAUGCAAUCAGCACAAACAUUGCAAAGAGGUCCGAAACGAUAGGACUUCGGUGACUGCCUUUGAUAAAAGCUGCCGUUACGAGUUCAAAUUUAAUUUCACAACAAAUCCGCAUUGCCCAGAAAUAUCCAGCGACGGCGUUGGAGUCGCAUUUUAUGGUAAUAACACAGGCUCUAGAAAGCUGUCCGAUGGAGCGCUGACUGUGGUCGCCAUCGUCAUCCCCGUUAUUCUGUCCAUCGGCGUCAUCCUGUCCUGCUACUGCUUCAGGAGACACAGAGCCAUUCUCUGUCCCACCAUGCCAGACCCCUCGGCCAUAUUCAAGGAGAUGAUGAACGGCAACAAAGAGAUGAAGACCACAUCAGAGAGUCUGUACACGCCGGUGCUGGAACCCGUAGAACACUGCGUAAUUACCCCUUUAACUGAAAACGGCGUUUUCCAGCAAAACUGACGACAUGUCAGCCUACACAGUGGUGCCUUCAGUGCAGCGGGACUUUUUUUCUGAGUGAAUUUAUCAGGAGCAUUGACAGAGUAAACCAGACUGGAAAGCUUCACUGAAAGUUUCUAGUCUGUUGCACCGACCGCUUCAACCACUAGAUGUCACCAAAACAAGAUUUUUACCUGCUAAGAAGUUGCUCUGGAAGGAGGAGCACAUGUCAGCUGAUGACCCACGCCUUAUCAACACACUGCUUAAUCCUCGGGUUGCGGGAGGCCUGGAGUCUAUAGCUGAUGAUGAAGCACCGAAUCUAUGGAUAGAGUGGACCCACGGAUGCUGUAUUUACUGGAUCUACCAGUAAGAGGAGCUGGUGCAUUCCUAGAUAUCCAUCUAUCCAUCCAUUAUCUAUACACCGCUUAAUCCUCACUAGGAUCACAGGGGGACUGGAGUCUAUC